AUCCGGUCAAAACAGGAAGUGAGUCUGCUUUCGGGUGUUAAAAACAGUAAUGUAUUUCAGUCAGCGGGUGCAGUUUUUCUGGACGUUCAGAUUUGUUUUUGAAUAUGACUUUACUGUAGGGACUCCUUAGGUGAAGAGCUCAGGUCUUUUUACCAUGAGUGCCGUCUUGAUGGACCAAAGGAAGACCCUGAACUCUUCACUCCCUGCAGACCGAUCUGCUGGCUCCAGCUCGGGAAUCUCUUUCAGAAUUCCCAAGAAGAAGUCACCGGUGGAGUCCACGUGCCUGCGGAUGGAGUCACCGCUGUCUCGCCUUAAAGAUGCUAGCAGCAGCAAGAUUUCCUGGACCCAGUUCACUGUGAGAGCAAGAGCAAGGAAGCUCCCUGGAUUCAGACAGCUGAAUGGUAGUUGUUCCUCAAGCUGCAGACAAAUGUCUAAUACCAAGGACGGUACAGAUGGUGUUCGUUGUAGGUUGGUGCUGGCUGAUGUCCGGAAGACGGAACAUGGCCAGGACGAUCUAAACAGGGAGAGGAAAAGUCUGGCUGUGAAGAUAGGAACAAGUGGCCAGAAAAAUGACUCCCCAGCUCUCAGAAAGAUUGUGGAAUCACAUACCUGCUCAGAGCCCUCAACAGACACAUCGCAGCAGAGGCCAUUCCUGCGCUCUUCUCAGUCCAGUGCAUCCAAAGGAUUUCGGCCAAAGAGAGCGUCGGACACUUUGUGCCAGGAUGAGAACCUGCAGAGGGGCCAUUCCUCUCCUCGACACAGGAAAUGUAGCAUUAGAUUAAAAGAUUCUUCUCAGCUGGUGAGAGGAAGGGAUCUUGAAUGGGAGGAACCCUGGAAAAGGAAAGUGUCUCCAAGGAAUGGAGUGGUGAAGUCACCGGUCUCAGUAGAUGGCAAUGUUUUCUCCUCUGAAGGCCUUGAAGAGACUGAGAGAAUAGGCAGAGCUGCUUUGUCAUCCCAGGAGAAAAGGGAGGCAAAGAUUAGCAAGGAUCCUGCACAGUCUGCUGGUGUUUUGCAGCAGCCACCCAGAGAGCAGGAUGAAGCUUUAGCAGCGAAGCGCAUCUGCCUCGAGAAGUCUGGUGCCACACCCAUAUCCACUGGCCUAAAGAGUGGGGGCCAGCCAUACUUGAGGUCAGAGGAGAAGGGGCUGCAAUCUACCCCUUGGCAUCCCCCCAAGCUCCUGGCCCAAAGGAAGAACCCCAGACUGAGGCUGCAGCUGUCCUUCAGUCAGUUCAGACAGGCUAAGCCAAAGCCUGCAGAACCCAUUGUGCUGUCCAGUGAUGAAGAGGAGGUGGACAAAGACAAUGAAGGACGCACUAGUGUACAAGCAGUGCAUGCUGAGUUCGCCCAGGAGAAACAGGUGGAAAUGCAGGCUGCAGAAGAGAGAUUGGUACUCAGACCUGGAAACAAAGAACCUUCAGGAAGCGUGAAACACCCCGAUGAGGAGCCAUCUGUGGUAGAGCUGCCUUUCUCUACAUUGUACACUGGGAAAAUGAAGGCAAAGGCUAACGGGAAUAUUAUGGUCACUGAAGAUUGUAUCACAAUACCCCUGAAAGAUCCUGAGGGAGAUGCAGAGGUGUCCUUGGCUCUGGUACCUUCGGAGAUGCGUGGAUAUGGCAUGUGGGGUCAGGGGACGCCUACCGUACCGCUCCUUUUCCUGUGGGUCUCAGAUGCUCUUGCUCAGGUCAUCCAGCGAGAGCUUUCGGCCCUCUGCUCUGUCGACCUUCCAGGGAAGGCCAGUCCGUUCAUGCUGCUGAAGUUGACCAAAGACCUGGACAGCCUGCAGGAGGCACUGCUGGCCUCGCUGAUGGAUAUGAUGGGUCUGCGCAGUGGCAGGUUGGGGCUCAGACAGCCUCUCUCUCGGGACAGAGCCCAGGCCCUGGUGCAAGGUUCUAGCUGGGGUUCAAGGCUUCUCUUGCUCCUCAGAGAGGAAGUGUUCUCUUCAGCAGACCCACCAGACCACAAAGGACAAAGUGGAAAGGAAGAGCAUCAAGCAGGGCUCAGAAAAGGCAGAACCAGGAGCUCUGCCGUGACCCUGGAGGAUUCGGGUCCAUCGCAGAGACUCAUUCUGUUCCCGCCACCUCCUUUGAAAGGAGGGAUUGCUGUGACAACAGAAGACCUGCAAUGUCUGAACAGUGGCGAAUUCCUGAAUGAUGUCAUCAUUGACUUCUACCUGAAGUACCUGAUGCUAGAAAAGGCACCAAAGGAAAUGGUGGAGAGGUCUCACAUCUUCAGCAGCUUCUUCUACAAGCAGCUCACACGAAAAGAUGUCUCCGGGGAGGAGGUGUCCAGUGUCGCAGCCAAGCACAGGCGCCACCAGAGAGUGAGGACGUGGACUCGGCAUGUGGACAUUUUCAAAAAAGACUACCUCUUUGUACCUGUCAACCAAGAGGCGCACUGGUAUCUGGUGGUGAUCUGCUUUCCCUCAUUGUUGAACCCCCUGUAUGAAGAAUGGGGAAACUCAGCCACUACGGGAAACUCUGGAGCGAAGAAGAAAACUGAAUCCCCGGCUCUAGAGGACAGAAGCCAGAAUAGCAAUUCUAAGACUACCUCUACAUAUUUCAAAAGAGCGAUGGGUGUCAUGGAGAGGACAGGUGACAACUCAGUGUGUGGCCAGAGGGAGCUGAAGAGUGUGCCGAAAUGUACACAGCUCGGUUGCCAAAGGGAAACUGUGAGUAAGAGGCCCUGUAUCCUCAUCAUGGACUCUCUGAAACUGUCCUUACAUGAAAAGAUCUUCACACUCUUACGGGAGUACUUGCAGGUGGAGUGGGAGGUGCGGAGGGGAUCCCCCCGAAACUUCACUGCAGAGCAGAUGAAGGGGUCCCUCUGCCGUGUACCUCUGCAGGACAACAGCAGUGAUUGUGGAGUGUACCUUCUGCAGUUUGCCGAGAGCUUUUUGCAGAACCCAGUGGUGCACUUUGACCUCCCGCUGAACCUGGAGAACUGGUUUCCACGGCAACAGGUGCGGAGGAAACGGGAUGAGAUUCGAGAGCUGGUGCUGCAACUUUACAGGAAGCAGAAAGGUGUAUCCUGAGCUGCACAAGAACUAGGACAGACCCUCCACUAGGCAAGAAGCAGCAAACUAGAUAGUGCACUUAUUAUAUAAAUGUAUUUUUGUUUAAUAAGAUAGAUGUCAUUUUUUGUUGUUAUGGAAAUAUUCAGGGUUAUGCAUAGCAGAGUGGUUAGAGCUAUUGCCUUACAAUCUUAAGAUUCACUGUUAAAAUCCCCUUCUGCUGUAGUACCCUUAACAAAGAAACUUACCGUGAAUCUAUACAGUGAGAAUAACCUGCUGUAUAAAUGGGUAAAUCAUUGUCAACAUUGUCAACCUUUAUGCAGCUACUCCUCU